CUCCUUUUAAUGGCGAGGUCCCCCCUCGUCUGCUCCUCCGGGGACACAGAUUUCAAGACCCGUCGUUUCAAGGAAAGAGCUAGGCGUUGGAGAUGCUAAGUUUAGGCAUACCGACUGAUAACGAUGCUUUUUACUCUGUCUGAUCAACACGAUACCCUCUAGCUACGUAGGCCUACAAAUACAGCCUCCUCCCAUUUCCCCUUCACUCUUCCUCCCUUUCCACAAACACAUACUUAGACAAUGUCGAGCCAGAGAGGAAGGAUUACCGACAAGGAAAUCAACGAGCUCGUCUCCUCGCUGCAGUCUCUUCUCCCGGAGUCUCGCCGCAGGAGCACGAGUAGGGCAUCAUCAUCCAAGUUGCUGAAGGAGACGUGCAGCUACAUCAGGAGCUUGCAACGGGAGGUGGACGACCUCAGCGGCCGGCUCGCCGAGUUGAUGUCGACGAUGGACUCCGACAGCCCUCAGGCUGAGAUCAUUAGGAGCAUCUUCCGGUCCUAAUUAAUAACGGAGUCGAUAUAUAUAUAUUUAUAUAGUCAUCUCUGUACCAUUUCAUCAGCCUAUUAGUGUUAUAUAUUAGCAUGCAGAAAUUAAUACUGCUGCUGCUGCUGCUUGAUGCCAUUGAUGAACAAAAUUUGCCAACAUGAUGAAAAAAAAAUGCAGGCAAGGGGAUGAAUUAAU